AUGGCGCGCCGCAGGCCAAUCCUCCGCGCGCACAGGGGUAGCAAUGCAGCAGGUUUAUCAAGCACCAGCAGCUUGAGCCGCGGCAUAUCUGAUUUACAAAGCGUCGUCACCAGUGGCAGCAGCAGCAGCAGCAGCACCCGCAUGAGCAGCAGCACAAGCACUAGCAACCGGCGGGCUGCGUGCAUCUCCCUCCUUGCCGGGGCGGCGGCUGUCGCCUCCGCACUCGCCCCGCCGUCCGCACGCGCCGCCGCCGCGGCAGCGGACGGCGCGGCGGCCGUGGAGGAGCAGGCGUAUGCGGCCUACGCCGAGCGGCGGUUCGCGGAGGCCGUGCGGCUGCUGGACUCGAUAGCAGAGCCGGACAACCCCCGGUGGCUCGAGAUGCGGGCACAGGUGCUGGUGGAUGGGAAGGAUUUUGAGGGGGCGGUCAGGGACUACGGGGCAGCCCUGCGGCGCAGUGAAGAGGCCGGCGCGCCGCUGACCGACCGCGCGCGCCUGCUGUCGGGCCGCGCGCUGGCCUACGAGGGCCUGUCAAAAUGGGCGGAGGCGCUGGCGGACUACGACGCGGCGAUGGCGCUGGCCGCCGCGGGGGGCGAGAGCCCGGAUCCCUAUGUUAUCAACGCGCGCGGCAACUGCCUCAACUCGCUGCGGCAGUGGCGAGAGGCGCGAGAGGAGUACCUGGCAGCAGCCGACGUCUUCCAGGCGAGCAGGGGCUACCGCGGCCGCAACGGCAACACUACGGCGCGGCUGGACGGCGCCAUAUUUGCAGCCUCCAACGCGGCUCUGAUGCUGGCGGAGAUGGGGGACGCUGAGGGCGCAGAGGCCGAGAUGAGGCGCAUCGCGCGCAGGGCCCCUGGAUCGGCGGACAUGCGCGUGGCCCUGGCGGCGCUGCUGUGGCAGCGGGGGCUCGACGCAGACGCAGAGGAGCAGUGGCAGUACGCGUGCGACCGCAUCACCGUGGGCUGCCGCAAGUACACCGACGCCGACUGGCUGUCGCGCGUGAGGCGCUGGCCGCCGUCCAUGGUCGCGGCUCUGUCAGACUUUCUCUCCCUGAAGCACAGCUGA